CUCCGCAGUUCUCACCCACCACCACCACCACCACCAGCAAGUUCCAAUGCAUCUCUGACUCUCGUUGACCUCUAUUUCCCUGGACCUGACACCCCCGAGUCUUACACAUCUCUCUCAGGUGUCUCUGUACAUGCCUUCCCACCUUACAUCGACCCUCACAGCUCUCACACGCAGCUUCGUGCCAGCCGCCGCGCGCAGACCUUGGAUAACUACUUCCCCGCACCACUUGAUCUCGCUCUCAUUCUCUGGACCGCAGUCCAAGAUCUCCCUGCAAGCGAUACGCAGCAUGUCCUCCUCCUCUGCCAUGGGCAAGCGCCUCUCGGGCAAGACCAUCCUCGUCACCGGCGCCUCCUCGGGCAUCGGCCGCAGCGUCGCCCAGGAGUUUGCACGUACAUCGCCGCAAAACCUCAAGAUCAUCAUCACUGCCCGCCGGGUCGACACGCUCAAGCAAGUGGCCGCCGACAUCAACAAGGAAGUCGGUGACGGGGUCAAGGUCUUACCCGUGCAGUUGGACAUUUCGAAACCCGACCAGGUGAAUAGCUUUGUGGGGAAGCUGCCCGAGGAGUUCAGAAACAUUGACGUCUUGGUAAACAAUGCGGGCUUGGUCAAGGGCAUGGAUAAAGCGCCAGAGAUCAAAGCCGAAGACAUGGACGUCAUGUUCGCCACCAAUGUGACUGGCCUCAUCCACAUGACCCAGGCUGUCCUGCCCAUCAUGAAAGCCAAAAAGGGAGACAACGGAGAGGACAUCGGAGGCCGAGGCGACGUCAUUAUGAUCGGUUCCAUUGCAGGGAGGGAGGGCUACCCUGGUGGAAGUAUCUACUGCGCUACCAAGGCUGCCGUGAGGACGUUCACAGAUGCGCUGAGGAAGGAGUUGAUUGCCACCCGCAUAAGGGUGAUCGAGGUGGACCCAGGGCAGGUCGAGACUGAAUUCUCCAUCGUCCGCUUCUACGGCGACAAGGCCAAAGCCGACGCCGUCUACAAAGGCGUCGAGCCGCUGACACCCGACGACAUCGCAGAGGUUGUCGUGUUUGCUGCCGGACUGAGGGAGAACGUCGUGCUUGCGGACUCUUUGAUCUUCCCGAACCAUCAGGCUUCUGCGACAACCAUGCAUCGCAAGUCAACAUAGCCGACGAGCCCGCUUCUCCAGGCACUGUUCAAACUCGGCAUGGAGGUAAGCAGGUGAGCGUGUACCGAUGGAUCUAACCAGUCAGGCACUCUUCCAAAGUCCAAGAGCCAUUUCCAAAUCCCAGUGGCGUCGCGGCGGUUGCGUGAGGGGUGGAGGAUGUGAUCCAGAACAGACUUGAUGCAAUAUGUACAGAAUCUAAAAACAUAUAGACUUAUACCGUUUCAGUGGAGCCCCGAAAAGACGAACAAAGAUUCUAACACUAGAGAGGGUCUGGAUUCUGGAACUUGACGGUACAUACGUGAAGGGUGAAGCUCGUGCUUGUGUUCGCGUAUGUUGUCUUCCAAUAGUCAGUCCUUCUGCAUCACUCGGUGAUCAUCGUGCCUCUCAUGGGUAUGCGUAAAUGUCACAGAAC